AUGGUUGAAAAGAAAGGGAAAAAUACACUUUUUCCAGAAAUUGAUCAGGCAUUGGAUGUUUUGUGUGUUUAUAAGAAACCUUCAGCUACGAAUCCUGGCAUUUUAAGGAAAAAAAUAAUUUUGCCUCAUCCUUACUACAACGAAGAUAAUUGUACCGUUUGUCUCAUAUUGCGUGAUAUAGAAAUUGCAAAGUCUAGGAAAGAUUCUGAUGUUGAUAAGGAUGCUCGUAAAUGGGAAGAAGUUUUAUACACGGAGCAUGGCAUUACGAGGAAACAGGUACAAAAGGUAAUUGUGUUCUUUGUUAACCAUUAUUCCGGUGUAAGUUCCUUUCUGACUAUCAUCUUGGCCAGCUAUAUUUUAGGGAAAUUCAAAAUGUUUCGGGGCUUGCAACGUUUAUUUAUUUUUAGAAGUUUGCACAUAGGGAAUUUGAGCCAGAUUAGAACGGAUAUUCUCGACAACAUCCAAGAAGCUGUCGCUCGUUUAUUCGAAAAUUGUCCUUGUGGGAAGAAAAAUGUUCGCAGCUUAUACUUACGAGUAGCUUGCGAUGGACAGUGCUUGCCCUUGUAUAUUGAUCUCGGUAGCGCAAAUAAUGUAAAUAUGCCUAAGGCAACAGCAAAGUUCAGAGCAAAGGAGGAAAUAAUAGAGGAAAUCUCCACUUUGCCCGAUGGUCUUGCUGUGAGGGUACGGCGAGAUGGCAAAAUUCGUGUUGUGGAUUCUGAAAUGAGCAUACUUUUCUAA